CAGCCAAUUCCAAAAAAAAGUUUUGGAAUCGAGAAAAAAAAAGACAUAAAAGCCGCCCUCUCCAAAAAAACCCAAAGGGUUGUUGUCGACACCUUUAUUUUUCUGACGUUGUCGACAACAGUUUUUUUUUUUGUCAUGACAACAGAGGGUGAAACCGAUGCGCUUUUUUUCUUUUUGCCUUUUGCCAACCGUCCCGGAACAGAUCUAAUGAGCAAACACAUUUUACAGACCGAUGAAGUGAAAAGCGCCAUCAUCGAAGCAGUGAUUGGUCGAAAGGCCAUUGGCCAUUAUUGGCCAAGACCCACCGAAUGGGCAAACCGAAUGAGAUCUGAUGUCUUGUAUGCCACUGAGCAACCAUAG